AGGGAAAUGAACAUGGGCCACCAAAACCACAGCAAAAGCUACUUUCUGUGAACAGGCUGGAUGAAUAAUGACAACAAUGAAAGAGACCAAAACACACCACCCACCGUAAGCAAAUCCAGUCUAGAACUACACUAUGAGGAUGAAGAGAGUGAAAGACAAGGGAAAUAUUCAGAUACCAGCAGCCUCCUCUCUGAUGACUCAGUCUACCCAGUGUAUGAACUCACUCUAUUUGACAGUGACGACAACCUAAAGUUCACAUUGUACUGGUGCUGCGUCAAGAACAAUGCAAAGCUAUUGCAGGAUAAACUUGACAGGGGGGUGACCAGGGAAGAAGUCAUGGAACUGGACAUCAAUGGACAGAAUGGCCUCUUGGUUGCGUGUUUCCAGGGUUUCAUAGAUAUUGUCGUUCUUCUCAGUAAAUGCUCCUACCUAGAUGUCAAUCAUCAGGAUAAUGAUGGAAACACAGCACUUAUGGUGGCAGCUCAAGCAGGACACAUUACUAUUCUGAACUAUCUUCUGAAUUAUUACCCAGGCCUAGAAAUUGAGAAGCAGGAUUACAGAGGCCUGACUGCCCUUAUGAAGGCUGCAAUACAAGGGAAGAACGACUGCGUUGCAGCCUUGCUCAUGGCAGGAGCUGACCUAGGAGCUGUGGACCACGUGAAAGGAAAGACAGCACUGGAAUGGGCAGCCAUGACUGGAUGCUUUGAAACUAUCAUGCGGAUCAGAAUCCUUUUGCAACGCCCAUGUGCUCAGCAAUUCUCUAAUAAGUACUUGCCAGAGUGGCCCCGUCUGCCUGAACUGGUGGCUGAAGCAAUGGCUACAAAAUCCAGAGCCAGGUGUCUCUCUGAUCACAUUUGCUCUAUGUUUACAAUCUGUUGUCCACGUGACCCUGAGACAGAUGGUGUGAUGGAUCACAUGGUGCGCAUGACCACUUCCUUGGCCAGCCCAUUUGUGGCCACUGCUUGCCAAACUCUCUGUCCUGGCAGCCCACCAGAAAUAGGCAAGCAGAGACGCUCAGUGCCAGAAAUUCUCAACAAAUAUGCACCUGAUCCUGAUGCCGAAUCAAUAGCUAGUAGAUCAUGCUGCAGUGGCCAGUUCAGGACCCAAACCCUGGUCCCCUAUCAAUCCCCCAGUACCAUUGUGAAGUUUCUAUCCCUUCCUUUGCGAUGCAACAGCAUCUUCCCCAGAGGGAUUCCAAAAAUUAAGCUCACCAAGUCUUCUGCCCAGUUGACUCCUGAAGACAAUGUGCCACCUGAGUCCACAAACAAGAAAGCACUGCAGUUGCCUAAGUGGCGAUACAGGGAACUCAAAGAAGAGAAGAAGAAGGCUGAGGAAGCAGCCGGGCUCAAGAGGAAGCUCAACUAG